UUGACUUAUUAAAUGCCUAGCUGCUUACUUCUUCAACCCUGUGACUAACACUGAAGAAAACAAAGACAUAGGAUGAGCAUCGGUGAAGGAAAGUUGGUGUGUGUUACUGGUGCUUCUGGCUAUGUUGCUUCAUGGAUUGUCAAGUUUCUUUUGGAACAUGGUUACACUGUUAGAGCCACUGUUCGUGACCCCAGUAAUCCCAAGAAGGUUGAGCACUUGGUUAAACUUGAUGGAGCAAAAGAGAGAUUGCAUCUGUUUAAGGCAGAUUUGUUAGAAGAAGGUUCCUUUGACUCUGCUAUUCAGGGAUGUGAUGGUGUCUUUCACACUGCUUCACCUGCUCGCCAUAUCGUCAAAGAUCCACAGGCUGAGUUGAUUGGUCCAGCAGUGGAGGGAACUCUUAAUGUUCUUAAGUCAUGCGCAAAAUCACCAUCUGUGAAACGAGUUGUCUUAACUUCUUCUACUGCUGCAGUUCAAUUUAAUGAAAGGCAUAAAAGUUCAGAAGUAGUGGUUGAUGAGACAUGGUAUUCAGAUCCAGAUUUCUGUAGGGAAUCAAAGAUGUGGUAUGCCCUUUCAAAGACCCUGGCUGAGGAUGCUGCAUGGAAAUUUGUAAAUGAAAACAGAAUUGAUAUGGUUGUUAUUAACCCAACAACGGUGGCUGGACCUCUCUUACAACCAGAGGUUAAUCUUAGUGUUGAGCCAAUUUUAGACCUAAUUAAUGAUCCAGAUUUCUGCAGGGAAUCAAAGUUGUGGUACACACUUUCAAAGACUUUGGCUGAGGAUGCUGCCUGGAAAUUUGUAAAUGAAAACAAAAUUGACAUGGUUGUUCUUAACCCGUCACUGGUGUCCGGACCUCUCUUACAACCAGAGGUUAAUUAUAGUGUUGAGCGAAUUUUAAACCUAAUUAAUGGUGUCCCAUUUCCAAAUUCGUCUAUGGGAUGGGUCGAUGUGAAAGAUGUUGCUAAAGCACAUAUUCAAGCAUAUGAGAUUGCUUCCGCUAGUGGAAGAUAUUGUUUGGUCGAGAGAGUGGUACACUACUCUGAACUUGCUAGGAUUUUAGGUGAUCUGUACCCAACAAUACAAAUUUCAAACAGGUGUGAGGACAAUGGACCUUAUGUGCCUACAUAUCAAUAUUCCCAAGAAAAGGCCAAGAGUUUAGGAAUCGAGUUUACUCCUUUAGAAAUAAGCAUCAAGGGAACUGUGGAAAGCUUUAGAGAAAAGAAAAUCGUCAACUUUUAAUCUGUGUUAUCCUCUUGAUGAAUAAAUUCAUGUAACUAAAUUUGCAUCAUUGAACAACAUUUUCAUAUGUACUGUUUGUUGACAAUAAGCCUUAUAUUGUGAGACAUAAGUGAAAUCAUUCACCUUAAAACUUCAAGUUACUGUAAAUGUAAAUGAAGGGACUGAAUAAUAUUGAUAUUGAAUAGAUUCAACUGGGGAAUAUUAUGAA